ACGUAGCGACGCGAUGACGUCACUUAUAUGCGCCACAACCUUCAAUGCUAAUAUACUUUUUCUCUUUACAGUUAGACAUAUAAUUGUAUAAUUUCUAGACAUGCAGAGAGCCGCGAAGUGUGCUUUGAGACUGGACAUUAGUCGUGCUUUCUGUCCGUCAAACGUGAGGAACUGUCGUGCAGUAAACAGAGUAAAUGGCUCAGUGUCAUGCAGAAGAUACAGCGUCCUUCCUCCACCACGUGAUGAAGAGGAGAAAGCCAUGCUGGACAGUAUGUUGAGGGUUGAUCAUGCAGGAGAGUACGGAGCCAAUCGCAUCUACGCUGGGCAGAUGGCAGUUCUUGGAAGAACUCAGACAGGGCCCCUAAUCCAGCAUAUGUGGGACCAAGAGAAAAUGCAUUUGGAAAGGUUUAAUGAGAUCCUUGGUGAGCAUCGGGUUCGACCAACAUUAUUGUUGCCAUUAUGGAAUAUUGCUGGGUUUGCAUUAGGGGCCUGUACUGCUCUUCUGGGUAAGGAAGGGGCUAUGGCCUGCACUGUUGCAGUGGAGGAGAGCAUCUCAGAGCACUACAACAGCCAAAUCCGAAGACUAAUGGAGGCUGACCCAGAGAGAUACACAGAGUUACUACAGCUAAUUAAAGAAUUUCGUGAUGAUGAAAUAGAACAUCAUGACACAGGAUUGGAGCAUGAUGCUGAGUCGGUACCAGGAUAUUUGCUUUUGAAAACAGCAAUACAGGCUGGCUGUAAAGCUGCUAUCUAUAUUUCUCAGCGUAUUUAGAGUCAUUUUAACAAUGCAUGAUGUGUAAAUAUUGUUUUGUUUAUGUCAAUCAUGUACAGUAAGUAGUUGAUUUAUGGA